CUUCCCUGGCUGAGCAGCUCCGGAUCCUCAUCGCCCAUCCAAAUCCUCCCCGGACAGAGAGCGACUUGGCAAGGCCACCGAGCACGGGUGGGCUCACUGACCUGCUGGGAUCCUGUGGCUCCAGCCCCAACAUCAGAGGAGGGGAUCGGCUGCAGGACCAUUCCCAGCCCAGCCAGCACCCUCCUGGGGUGCAGGACACAGCUCCCCAUCUCUGCUCUGCCCUCCUCCGACCUGCCCUGAGGACGAAGCCAAAGCACAGGCAGCACGAUGUGGGCAGCCCCAGCGGCCAUCUCUCUCUGCCUCCGUUUCUCCGCAGACCUCGUGAAAGCAGCCGUGGUCACCCUGAUCUUCGGAGCUGUUCUGUCUGCCACCGAACAACACGCCGACCUCGGGGCACUGGUGUGUGACAUGGAGCCUGAGACCAUCACGGCCUCAGACCCCGGCAUCCUGGAGAACCUGAAGCUCUGCCCAGUGCUGACAGAGGCCCAGCAGGAUGCCAUCAACGCUGUGCUCCUUGGAGGGGGCACAGUGUAUGGGGAUCCUUCGAGCUGGGAUUUACGGACUCUGCAAAAUUUGGGGCCGCUCGUGCUGGCUUUGAACCAGACCACGCUGAGCUUGGUGGCUGAGGCAGUGCGGGAGGCUUUUGGCAGGAGCAUCGCAGCCACAUACAGCACCCAGGGACGUUCCCAGAGGGAGAAAUCCCUGACCCUCCUCAGGGCCUUCGCAGCAGCGUCGGCUUCAUCUCACCCCAGGCUGAAGAGGAGCGCAGACAGUGAAAAAUACCAUCUGCCUGACGUGCCCUCUCUGCCCACAGACUGCCUGUCCAGGCCCGUCACGGCCAGCACCAUCUCUGACUCCCUCUUAGUCCUUGACUACAGCACCAGCGAGCAGCUUGACCUCUGCCUGAGCAAUGAGGUCUUAAAAGCAAACCUGAAGCCUCUGCUGGAUCAGCCGCUCCCCAAGGAGUACCUCCAAGUCAUGAAAAAAAAGCUGGAGCAGAUUUACCCAUCGGGGAUCCCAGAGGACCAGCUGAAGCUGUUGGGGCCGCUGUCCCGCCAGUACACGGCGGAGGAGAUCAGCCAGUGGCAGGUGACAUCCAACGACACGCUCUUAGCCCUGCUCAACCCCUCGGAUGGCAAGUGGAAGGCUCCCCAGGUCCAGCAGCUUAUCGCCAGGUACCAGGCCCUGGGGGGCACCUUGACUGGGUCCUUGCUCCGGGAACUGGGUGGGAGAAACCUGUGUAACCUGCAGGAGGAGCAGAUCGAGGACAUACCUCCAGAAGCAAUCAGGACUGCAGGACAAUUAGACAUUUCUUCUUGUUCCCAAACCAAGAAGGACCAGCUCUACAGAAAAGCCCAGGAGGCCUUUGCUGGCCAGGCUGGCACCACCAGGGCGUAUUAUUGCCAGAUUUGGCCAUACCUGGGUGGAGCUCCAGCAAAGGACUUGAAAGACUUGGCUAAAGCUGGCGUUGCCAUAGACAUGGACAUCGACACCUUCCUUGCCCUAAAUCCCGAUGAGCUGCAGAAACUCAGUGUCAUGGACGUGAAAUCUUUGCUUGGGGAAAACCUCCGUUACCUGAAGGAAGCUGAAAAUGAGACCUCGGUGAUGCGCUGGGUGAAGAGACAGUCCCAACAGGAACUGGACUGUGUCCUGGGAAUCGACCUGCAAGGGGGGAUGGGGGAGCCCAGCCCCACGGCCACCCCUCCUCACCCCACCACCUCGGCCAGUAUCACCCCCACGGCCACCGUCUCUGUGCCCACCACCUUCCCCACUGUCCCCACCCCUACUGCCAUUAGCAGCCUCCCCUCCACUAAUUCAAGCACCAUCCCCAACAAGGCCCCCACGCCAAGUGCUAUCAGCCCGACCCCCCCUCACAACACUCCCCCACAGACUUCCACCACUGCCCCCAGUUCUGCUGGGAGUCCCCCUGCCACCUCCACCACCCAACCUGCUCCCACCACCAUUGUCCUAUGCUCCACCCACCAAUCUGCCACCCCAAAUAAGGUCACCCCCCCUGCUGCCACCCUCCUCACCACCAUCCUUGCCACUGUCAACCCCAACACCACCUCUCCCAGCUCCGUCCCACCCCCUGCUGUCACACAUGGGGCCACCACCACCAGCGUUGUUACUAACCCAACUCUUACCACCCGCAACACCAGUACCCCACUGGUGUCCAUGAACCCCCCAGCACCUGGGGUUACCAUCAACCCUGCUCCUGCCACCCGUAACACCAGUACCCCACUGGUGUCCACAAACCCCCCAGCACCUGGAGGUACCAUCAACCCUGCUUCCCCCCCUGCUGCCACCCUCCUCACCACCAUCCUUGCCACUGUCAACCCCAACACCACCUCUCCCAGCUCCGUCCCACCCCCUGCUCUCACACAUGGGGCCACCACCACCAGCGUUGUUACUAACCCAACUCUUACCACCCGCAACACCAGUACCCCACUGGUGUCCAUGAACCCCCCAGCACCUGGGGUUACCAUCAACCCUGCUCCUGCCACCCGUAACACCACCACACCGAGCAUCCACAGUGCUCCCAGCACCCUUGUCCCUAAAUCCACUUCUGCACCCGCUACCACCACAACCACAGAAAUGACCCUCCCUCCCCACAAGCCCUCCCCGACUCCUAACUCCAGUGUCUCCACCCAAGAGACUGUAGUCUCCUCCACGGCCAAGACUACAACGUUGGCUUGCAAGACCAGUGCCCCUCCAGCAUUUCUUGGCUCCUCUUCCACCACCACCAGCAGUGAGACCACUAAAAACCCACCUGCAGGUGUGCCAGAGCCACCAAGACCAACACCUGGUGGAUACAUCAACCUGCAACCUGAAGCUGGAUCAGGAUCCAGACUCUCCUCCUGCCUGGUGCUCGUACUGACGACAGCCUCACUGCUGCGAGGGCUUCUCUGACACGGCCACCUCCAGCCCCAAACUCACUGGAUCCCUCCUUUCAUUUCCACCAUCCUGCAAAAGAACGGUGCUGGCAAAUUCUCUGUGGAACAGCAGAAACCCAGGAAAGGAAUAGCAUUUGGCCAUUUGAUACCAGCACAGAAUUUGCUUAUUAAUUUUGAGGCUGGGCAGUGAAAGGAGGAGAGAUAUUUUUCCAACCCAAAGAAGCCCAAGAGGUACUUGUUAGCUAGUUGUUCUCUGUAAUACAAUCACCAGCAGCACUGACUGGUCUGACAAUGCAGACA